ACUGCUCUCCUCGUAUUAUCCGCGUUUCUGAACAGUGGAGAUUGGCUUUUGUUGCAGGUUUGUAGUUUGGAAAAAGUAACAAAGUAAUUGCUUUCAGAUCUGUGUUUCUGAUCCAUUCCCCGCUCGGCUGUCAGGAUUAGCUGGGAUUAACUGAGAGCAACUCCGGACAGAAUCCUGUUUAACGGAAUCAUGGACAUGUUUUAUGCUACAUGAUAACCAAAAGGACAGAGGCCACUCCAACUUAUUCUUCCUGCCAAUGUGCAUUUACAGUGCAUUGUGGGAUGGCACUUGUCUCCACCCUGCUUUCUUCCUUAAUUCUGGGCAUUUUGGGAAGCCCAUUGGUUUGUUGCCACUAUCUACGCUUCUCAUCCAAUGGCACUGUGUUCCAACACUUGGCCCUACACCCUGACCCUGCCGUGGGCACAGUUUACAUUGGUGCGCAGGAUCGCCUUUACCAGCUGUCUGGACUGGAUCACUUGCGUCUGAAGGUGGAAGAGAUUACAGGUCCUGUGAUAGACAGUAAGGAUUGCCUUCCCCCUGUAACUCGAGAGAACUGCCCCCUUGCCCGGCUAGUGAGUAACCACAACAAGCUACUGAUGGUGGAUCCCUAUUCCCUCCAGCUCAUUACAUGCGGCAGUGUCCAUCAGGGUACGUGCCAGAAGCGCAGCCUUACUAAUAUCAGCCAAGUUUUGUUCUCUGCCGAGAGACCAAUGGACACUCAGUAUGUGGCUGCCAAUGACCCAACCAUCUCUACCACUGGACUUAUUGCAAGACCAAGAGAUGGGGCUCCACCUCUGCUUUAUGUGGGAAGGGGCUAUGUAGGAAGGGGUAGCCUUCCACCGAUCUCUACCCGCCAGCUUUUCUCUGAGCCCAUCUUUUCCUUUGAGGAAACAGCUAAACUGGGUGUAGCCAGCCGCUUGGCAGAGUACGACCACAAUUUUAUACUAAAUUUUGCACGACACAAGCAUGUCUACUUCUUAUUCUUCAGACGCAACCUCAAAGCCAUUUCUCGAGAAUAUAAAACGUACAUUGCACGGAUGUGCAUGGAUGAUCAUGCGUACUAUUCCUACAUCGAAGUUCCGCUAGUGUGCCGUUCUUACUUGACGGGGAAAACCUACAACAUCCUCCAGGGAGCACAGGUGGGCAGAGAGGUGGAUGAUGGGCAAGUACUGAUGACAGUGUUCUCCACCUCAUUGAAUGGGGCCAAUAAGCCAAGCGAGGAAUCAGCACUUUGCGUCUACAACCUGGAUGAAAUUGACCAGAAGAUUGAUGGUACCCGAGACUUGUGCUACACACAAGAUGGUCAGAGAGAGGGCACCAGGGUGGCAUAUAUAGAGUAUGAGGUCAAAUCCCGCUGUGCCAACUUGCCCAAGGACACCCUUAGUACCUAUCCUUGUGGCUCAGACCACACCCCGAGUCCAAUGGCCAGCCUGGAGCCUGUGGAAGCCGAAGCAGUUUUGGAGAAUCCCUCUGUCCGUCUUACUGCUGUGGCUGUCAGUGUGCGAGAGGGACACUCCAUCGUUUUUUUGGGAGAUUCCAAAGGAAAUCUACACAAGGUUUUCCUGGGAGCCACCGGAGAAGUGAAGAACUACUCCAGUCUUCCCAUCCAGCCAGGUUCAGCCAUUAACAGAGACCUACAGCUCGACUCAUCCAAGAGACAUCUUUUCAUCAUGACGAGCAAUACUGUAGAGAAAAGGCCUGUGGCAGAGUGUGAUAAACACAUCAGUUGCCAUUCCUGUCUUACUGCUCAAGAUCCUUAUUGUGGCUGGUGUGUCCUGGAGGGCAAGUGUGGUAUGCGUUCUGACUGUAGCCGUGCCUCGAAGAAAGGCCACUGGCUUUGGAGUUUUGAUAUGAACCAAAAGUGUCUGGAGAUGGAGUCUUUGACCCAAUCCAACAUCAGCCUCAGUGAACAGAAAAAUGUGACGUUCAGUAUACCAGGCUUGCCCAGUCUAUCUGAGGUGGAAGGGUACUCAUGUUUCUUUGAGGAGACAGAAAGUGCUGUGAUUGUUCAAGAAACGAAUGUCACUUGCCUCACUCCGCCAGCCCACAUGGUGCCUCGUGUACCUCAUGGACAAGAUUCAGUGUCAAUCAGUCUGUCUCUCCGCUUCCUGAAUGUGACUGUGGCAGUCCAGGAGUUCACAUUCUAUGACUGUUCUCUUGUGCAGCGACUAUCAGACACCAUGCCAUGUAUUAGGUGUGUGACUAGUCGCUGGGGAUGUAACUGGUGCGUUCACCAGAAUAUUUGCUCACACAAGGCUACGUGCGAACAAGGAGGGAUCAUAUAUAAUCAGCAUUUCAAUCCACUACCCUCUGUUCCCUUCACAACAAAAGACUUUGGUAAAUUUACUCCAGAGCCUAGCAAAGCAUCUGCUCCACCCAAAGUUAUAGCCAUGUCCACUGCUUUGGUGAGUCCUCCCACCAUUCCAGAGCUAACUGCAAUACCAAGAACAGCUGAAAAAACCCUCUCCAACCUGCCGAAUAAUUUGCAGCGUACAACCCGACAGGCAACAACUGUACUUGAAGAAGCCCAGGUUCUACAUAAAGAGAGCACAGUAGGUGGAGAGAAGGUAAACGUGUCAAUACUGACUCCUGGUGGCAACGGUGAAGACAUGGAUGAUCUGGCCUAUAAACAAGCAGCUGCAGACUUGGUCACUGCUCCCCUGGUGGUGGUGUCUGUCAAUGCAGGACGGUCAGAUAGAGCGAUUCCUUCCUCUUUUACUGUUGGGAAGAACCUUUGGUUUGAGGAGACAGAUGAUGGUAAAGCAUCUCUUGAGACUGGAUCAUCAGUGUCUACAUCUUCUCCUCUAUCUGGGAUUGGAAAGACAAUGCAAGUCCUCACCGGUAUUCCUCACUCUUUAGAAGUGGACUACCAGUCCGAUCCAGCUGACAUUCCCUCCCUGGGUAACGAGGACUCACUGGUGAGUGAAGCUUCCUACUCCUGUCCAUGUGUGGAGAGAGUUCAAGGUUCCCCUCUCGUACCUGUAAACAUUGCCAGACAGAUCACACUGGUGGGACGCAACCUGCACCUCUACCGGGAUGAGGAUCUCAGGAUGGAUUAUGAGUGUGUGUUAGCCAUUGAGGGCAGGUCUGUUGUAGUGGCUGCAUUUGUCAAAAGGGAUGAAUCGGAGCCCUUCCUGUUCUACAUCACGUGUCAACUCCAGCAGUAUUCCUACUCAGCAGCAGUGGAGGAAUACAAUGCGGUGAUUACAGUGAGGAGACGAGGCGCUUUUCAGAUAGACAGUCCUCAGGGCUUACAUGUGAGGCUGUAUAAUUGCUCGGUGGGCCGUUCAGACUGCAGCCGCUGUCACACGGCAGACCCAGGUUAUGGAUGCGUGUGGUGUGAAGGAGCUCAGUCCAGCUGCGUCUUCCACAACUCCUGCAGAGAUCACAUCCAGCACACCUGCCCUGCACCUCACAUACACCGGAUAGAGCCUCGGUCUGGUCCAGUAGAGGGUGGUACUGUCAUCACUAUCUCAGGAUCAAACCUGGGCCAGAGAGCAGAGGACAUCCAGCACUCUGUUUAUGUAGCUGGCGUACCCUGCAUUGUUAUUCCCACAAGAUAUGAGAUCUCGACCAGAAUUGUGUGUAAGACCACAUCGAGUGGAAGUAAGAGAAAAGGACACGUUUCAGUGGAGGUAAAAGGAGGAGGAAUUGGAAAAUCGAUCCAGGACUUCUACUACCAGGACCCUGUGCUAUUGAGAAUGUUCCCGCUGAAAGGUCCGAUUUCAGGAGGCUCUUCAGUCACCAUUGAGGGGCGAGAUCUACGAACAGGCCCGUCUAAGGAGAUAAGAAUUCUGAUUGGUGGAGUGCCCUGUAUCUUAACUAGCUCUCCAGAACUGGAUGAUGAGCAAAUUGCAUGUGUGACCAGUGCCAGUAAUAGAACAGGAAAUCAUGAAGUAACUGUGUGGUUUGGUAAAGCAGAGCGCCAUCUACAGGACACUUUCUAUGACUAUACUCCAGACCCAAUCAUCAGCGGGGCUGAUCCCACUGCAAGUUUCCUCAGUGGGGGUCGUGUGAUUGAAGUUACUGGUGAAAACCUGGACGUUGUCCAGGACCCUCGCAUCCAAGUGACCCUGACCCCUCUAGGUUCACAACUUCAGGGCAGGAAAAGGAGAAAAAGGAAAAGCAAGAGACAGGCAAGUGGCAAGAGUGACGACAGGCUUUGGCCUCUCAAAAGGGAGCGGCGGAUUGUUCCGGAAUCACACUGUCCUGAAGAUAGCAUAUGUGAUAUUAAGCAGACAGAGAACCACUGUGUAAUCAACAACUCCACUCUGCUCCUGUGUCCCACGCCUGCGCUGGGUCCUGAGGCUCGCUAUGCCACUGUUACUGUCCAUUUCUUGCUGGAUAACCUCCGCUUUAAUUUCAAGGCAGUCACCAACAAGACCUUCACUUAUGAGCUAAAUCCCAUCCUUUAUCCAGUCAACCAGGGAGACCACAGCAAACCCUACCGCCACAAAGCUGGAAGCAUCAUCUCUGUCGAGGGAGAGAAUCUGAAUUUGGCCAUGUCUGAGAAGGAGGUUGUGGCUCUGAUCGGAGGGGAGGUGUGUGCUGUAAAAACACUGACCAGGAACCACCUUUACUGCGAGCCUUCUGCUAAGCAGCUGUCGAUGUUUGCCAAAAAGAUAAGAGAAGCCAAAAAUCAUCAGCUGGAGUUCACAGUACAGAUGGGGAACCUGAACUUCUCACUGGGAAAAGUGGAGUAUGACUUUCUGGGCCAGGCCAUUUUUCCUCUGGAAGCUCAGGUGGGCGUUGGAGUUGGUUCGUCUAUCGUGGCUCUUAUUGUACUGGUCAUCUUGCUUAUAUACAGGAGGAAAAGUAAACAGGCUUUGAGGGAUUACAAGAAAGUUCAGAUUCAGCUAGAGAACCUAGAGACGAGCGUGCGAGAUCGCUGCAAAAAGGAGUUCACUGAUUUGAUGACAGAGAUGAUGGACAUGUCUAGUGACUUGGUAGGAUCAGGGAUUCCCUUCCUUGACUACCAUAAUUACGCAGAGAGAAUAUUCUUCCCCGGCCACCGGGAGUCACCACUGAAGCGAGAUCUGGAUGUGCCAGCUUGUCGCCGGAAAACGGUAGAGCAAGGCCUCAUCCAGCUCUCCAAUUUACUGAACAGCAAGCUGUUCCUCAUCAAGUUCAUUCACACUUUGGAGAGCCAGAGGACAUUCUCUCCACGGGACCGUGCGAACGUGGCCUCCCUCCUCACAGUGGCACUGCACGAAAAGCUGGAGUAUUUCACAGACAUUUUGAAAACUCUGAUGAGUCACUUGGUGGAGCAGUACACCACCAAAAACCCCAAACUCAUGCUGCGCAGGACUGAGUCAGUGGUAGAGAAGCUGCUUACCAACUGGAUGUCCAUCUGUCUUUAUUCAUUCCUCAGGGAGUCCGCAGGCGAGUCUUUCUAUAUGUUAUUCCGAGCCAUAAAACACCAGGUGGAGAAGGGCCCUGUGGAUGCUGUAACCAGCAAAGCCAAAUACACUCUUAAUGACAACCGGCUGCUGCGCGAUGAUGUGGAAUACCACAUCUUGACACUAAAUGUCCUGGUAACCAGUGGAGGAACAACUGAGUCUCAGACGGUUCCUGUAAAAGUGUUGGACUGUGACACCAUUACACAAGUGAAGGAGAAGAUCCUGGAGCAUACAUCUAAGGGCACAUCAUACUCUCAGAGACCCUCCACAGACUCAGUGCACUUAGAAUGGAGGGCUGGGACGGCAGGACACCUAAUACUGUCCGAUGAAGACCUGACGUCCGUGGUGCAGGGAUCAUGGAAACGCCUUAACACUUUGCAGCAUUACAAGGUUCCUGAUGGUGCCACAGUAGCACUUGUAUCACGACAGUCCAAAAAUGUCCACAGUGACAGCCAUGACUAUAUACCAGGAGAGAAAACCCCAAUGCUGGAAGAUGGAGAAGAUGAUGGCAUGAGACUGUGGCAUCUGGAGAAAGCCAGUGAAGAGCCAGAACUGUCCAAAAACAGACGAGGGAGUAUGAGAGAAAGAGAGCGAGAGCGAGCCAAGGCCAUACCAGAGAUCUACCUCACGCGCCUGCUGUCCAUGAAGGGCACACUGCAAAAAUUUGUAGACGACUUGUUCACCGUGAUUCUUAGUACCAGUCGUCCAGUUCCUCUGGCUGUGAAAUAUUUCUUUGAUCUGCUGGAUGCCCAAGCAGCACACCAUAAUAUUACUGACCCUGAAACCAUCCACAUCUGGAAGACAAACAGUCUCCCACUGAGGUUCUGGAUCAAUAUUUUGAAGAACCCACAAUUCAUCUUUGAUGUUCCGACCUCAGACAAUGUAGAUGCAGUGCUGUCUGUUAUCGCUCAGACCUUCAUGGACUCCUGUACAAUCGCUGACCACAAACUGGGCAGGGAUUCUCCAAUUAAUAAAUUGUUGUACGCUCGAGACAUCCCACGCUACAAACAGAUGGUGGAAAGGUAUUAUGCAGAUAUAAAGCAUAACAUUACUGCCAGUGACCAAGAAAUGAACUCUGUUUUGGCAGAGCUGUCCAGGAAUUACUCAAGUGACGUGAAUCAUCUAGUGGCCUUAAAUGAGUUAUACAAGUACAUCAACAAAUAUUAUGAUCAGAUAAUCGCUGCUCUAGAGGAAGACUUGACUGCUCAGAAGAUGCAGCUGGGGUAUAGGCUUCAGCAGAUUGCAGCAGCUGUGGAGAAUAAAGUUACUGACCUUUGACCUGCUAAGUCAGGCUGAAAUUUAAGGAGAGUGAAAAAGAAACAAGAGUGAAGGACAGAGAUAGCGCUCAGACGUCCAGGAACAUGAUCACACAGAUGGGGGCUUCUGUGGGAAGUGACUACAAUGAUAUUUGAGUGUUAACCUUCUUUAUUAAUGGACAGCGAAUCUCACUGCAGCCGUCUGUCCAACAAAUCUAGUCUGUUCAAAUUGAAAGAGGUUAAGAUAUAGUUCCAGCUGGAUUGUUGCUGCUUACCUGCUUACUACUGAAACUUCAUAUUUGUAAUAUGCUAGCAGGCUUGUCUGCAUCUCCAUUGGACUGUUUGAGAACACAUUCAGAAGAUUUUAGGAUGAUGUAAUCUUGUUUUUUUGUUGUUGUUUUUGUAAGUUUCUUCAUUGCACUUAGGAGCUUAUUGUGUUUUUUUCCUCUAAUUUUGGAGGGAUGUCCUAACUCCUUGUUAGCCUUUUAAAGAAACAAGGAGAUCUUUAAAUGUCUUAUUAAAACACUGCACAUAUGGUUUAUUUCUCAAAAACCCUAGCAUCCCUUUUUUGUACCUACAUAAGCCUCAUUUAUUGACCUUUUAAUGUACAGUAACACACAGAAAAGUUUGAAAUAAAACCAUACAUGUUGCAUGUAUUGGUACUGCACGGUCAGUAAAAACAACAUAAUAUACACAUGCAAGUGCUCAGUGCUUAAACAGUGACGAGCCUGACGACAACAGCUACUGCAAAAUAAAAGGUAUGUUUGGACAUCACGCCUCCUCUUUCUGAUGUUUAAUAUAAUGUACAAUGUACAAUAAGCUACAUUUAGCCUUAUCCAUUUUUUUAACAUAAUGUUAAAGCAGAAAAUAAUGUUAAAGUUUCAGGCAUAGAGAAAUGUUUUUAUCGCUUACGCAAACGAGUGUGAAGGUAAAUGAAGCAGAAGUUCUUUUUCUGUUUAAAAGACGCAUUGGCACAUUUAAAAGGACAUUUAAUGGCAAUAUAUUGUCAAGUAAUAUAUGUAAGAUGAUAAAAUGCACUUAACAAAAAAACUACUGUACAUAUGCAUCAGAAGUAAUGGAACAAAGACUGCCCACUGAAAUACCACUACUUCUGAAAAGAGGUUUUUGAAGAAAUAACAGCAUUAGAAAGAAAAUGUAGUUGGUGUCACUUCAUGUCCACAACACUGCUAUGCAUAACUGUUAGGGUGAGCACAAUUUCUGAAUACUAACCUUUAUAACAUUGCACUGUAUUUUUCAAGCUCUGUGCCAUAAAGCUCUUACAGUACACAGUUACACCGCACUGCAUGAUGAUAUCCAUUUGCUUCUCAUAAAAAAGAAAGAAAAAAGUUAACUUCAAAGUUUUAAUGUCAUAUUACAGUUUGUUGUUCUUAUGCAUCGUAGUUCUAGUUAAUAUACCUUGGUUCAGUUAUAAUUUCGGCACGGUAAUCAUUGACCGUUCAGUAUUAAUAGCCUAGUUUCCCCAUGUAACACACACACACACACCAAAGGCUCAGUUACAAGAAAUUUUUAUCCACAUUCUCUUUAUGGCUUAAAAUACUAUUGACCUGUUGAAUAUUCUACUUUUGUGCAGUUUUAUAUGAAAAUGAAAAUAAAAUUUCAACUGGAAUUUACUUGCAAUUAAUCAAAUGAUAUAUCAGUGGAUCCAUGUAAAGCACAGCAUGCCAUAGUUAAGAUCAUUUCGAAUGCAUGAACUGUUUGCCAUCUUUUAACUCUUUGUAUCUAUUUCAUUGUUGCUUUUAAAGAACAAGAGAUGAACGUACAGGUCCAUUAAUGCGUAAAGCAGCCACUGUGUCAACCCUGCUUACUGUUUGAACGUGCCACAUUGUUUUAUUUAUUUAUUUAUAUUGUUUCUGACUAGCUGCUAGCAGUUGAUUUUUGUGAAGACCAAAUUCCCGUAAAAUGAUUUCUGAGCCUCUUUUUAAUUGCUCUGGACCCCCAUGACUAAUUAAUUGCCUUUUCUUUUUUUCUUUUUUUUUCUUUUUUUACAAAUGUAUGUCUUAAUUUCACUGUACUACACAUGAAAGUUACAGUGUUAUUUUGUAAAACAUGCUUUAUCCAUAUAGUAAUUUUGAGCUGUUUUUGCUUACCAUAUAUAUUCACACUGUCCUUUUUACCUGGGCUUUUAUGUUACAUAGUGAUGUAAUAAGCCAUACACUUUCUGAACUGUUAAGUUGAAGUUAUGUAUGUAGACUGCCAAUUUAAUAAAGCUGU